GGUGCCAGGCCUGCACCACUGUUGAUGCGAAGGCCGAGGGGCGGAGUGGGGGCACAGUUGGGUUGGGAGAAGGGCUCUUGCUGGGUAGGGGCCGCAGGGGGCGGGGGCGGGGCUGGCGGGGCGGGGCUUGGAGCAGGGUGGGGGUUGGGGGCGCUCUCCCGGUGACUCUAGGCGCGCGAGGCUGGGCGCAGAGCGGCAGUCUCCGCCUUGCAGCUUGGAGUGUGCGCCUGCUGCGCCGCAGCUGUCCGAGCUUGCCGCCGCAUUCCCGCCGCCGCCACCACUGCCACCAUGCCCAACUUCGCCGGCACCUGGAAGAUGCGCAGCAGCGAGAAUUUCGAUGAGCUGCUCAAGGCGCUGGGUGUGAACGCCAUGCUGAGGAAGGUGGCCGUGGCGGCUGCUUCCAAGCCGCACGUGGAGAUCCGCCAAGAUGGGGAUCAGUUCUACAUAAAGACAUCCACCACGGUGCGCACCACCGAGAUCAACUUCAAGGUCGGAGAAGGCUUUGAGGAGGAGACAGUGGACGGACGCAAGUGCAGGAGUUUAGCCACUUGGGAGAAUGAGAACAAGAUCCACUGCACACAAACUCUUCUUGAGGGCGACGGCCCCAAAACCUACUGGACCCGCGAGCUGGCCAACGACGAGCUCAUCCUGACUUUCGGCGCCGAUGACGUGGUCUGCACGAGAAUUUAUGUUCGAGAGUGAAGGCUGCCAGCUUACUCCUGCUUUGGGGGUGGAAUGCAUGUUCCCCUGAAAAAUGUCAUAGUUCUGAGCUGCCAGUGGGCCUCCCCUUCCCCCACUAUCAACGUUAGGAGAUCCCAUUUUCCCCACGGUAAUGUAGUGUUUCCCCCCAAGGCCUUUGUGCUUCUGUGUCCCUAGUGCUCCCUAGUUUGGCAUCUGUGUGGUUUCUUCAGUCAUUAAACUGGUUGUACACAUCUCAA